AUGAUUAGCAGAAUCGCAUCCAAGGUCACUAGACAAUUAAUCUGUGGCUAAAAGAAGUAAUUUAGUGUCUUAAAUUAUAAUUUCAUCUCUAACUUAGAUGAAGAUAUCGAAUAACUCAGAGAAACUGUUAAGAAGUUUGCUGAUGAAACUGUUGCUCCUUUAGCAGAAGAAACUGAUAAAAAGAAUUCCUUCCCUAAUCAAUUAUGGAAAGAAUUCGGUAACCUUGGACUUUUAGGAGCUACUGUACCAGUUGAAUAUGGUGGUAGUGGUUUGAAUUAUAGCGCUCAUUGCAUGAUUAUGGAAGAAAUUUCAAGAGCAAGCGGUUCUAUUGGCUUAAGCUAUGGUGCUCAUACUGCUCUCUGUGUUGGUUAGAUUGAAAGAAAUGGUACUGAAGAAUAAAAGAAGAAAUAUUUGCCUAAAUUAUGUAGUGGUGAACACAUUGGUGCUUUGGCUAUGAGUGAACCAGGUGCUGGUUCAGAUGUUGUUUCUAUGAAACUUAAAGCUGAAAAGAGAGGAAAUAAAUACGUACUUAAUGGCAAUAAGAUGUGGAUUACUAAUGGACCAGAUGCUGAUGUUUUGGUUGUUUAUGCUAAAACUGAACCUGAAUUAAAAUAAAAAGGUAUCACUGCAUUUAUUAUUGAAAAAGGAUAUAAGGGUUUCUCCACUGCCUAAAAAUUAGAUAAGCUUGGUAUGAGAGGUUCUAAUACUUGUGAGUUAAUUUUCGAUAAUGUUGAAGUUCCUGAAGAAAAUAUUCUUGGAGGCUACAAUAAAGGUGUUUAUGUACUUAUGGAUGGUCUUGACUAUGAACGUUUGGUUCUUGCAGCUGGACCUGUUGGUUUGAUGCAAGCUGCAGUUGACUAUGUCACUCCCUAUUUGAAAGAAAGAAAACAAUUCGGCUAACCUAUUGGUGCUUUCUAAUUAAUGUAAGGUAAACUUGCUGACAUGUAUGUUAAGUUAUAAUCUUCUCGUGCUAUGCUUUACGGUUGCUCAAGAGCUUGCGACAAUGGAAAAUAUUCUAACACAGAUUGCGCUGCUUUAAUUUUAUACACCAGUACUUGCGCUACCGAAGUAGGUUUAGAAGCUAUUCAAUCACUCGGUGGUAAUGGAUAUACUCAUGACUACCCUGUUAAUAGAAUUAUGAGAGAUGCCAAAUUAUACGAAAUCGGUGCAGGCACUAACGAAAUUAGAAGAUGGUUGAUCGGUCGUGAACUCUUAAAAACCAACUGA